AUGACAGACACGAUCGACCUCGCAGAGUAUCUCUGGUUGCGACUCAAACAGCUUGGUGUCAACACGGUCCAUGGUGUCCCGGGAGACUACAAUCUCUGUGCGCUGGACUAUAUCGAACCCCUGGGUCUUCACUGGGCUGGUAAUUCGAACGAACUGAAUGCCGGCUAUGCAGUCGACGCGUAUGCCCGAGUCAAGGGAAUCGGCGCCCUGAUAACAACCUCUGGGGUGGGAGAGCUGUCGGCCAUCAACGCCAUCGCCGGCGCCUACGCCGAGCGCUCACCGGUGGUGCAUAUCACCGGCACGCCCCCGACAACCGCGCAGUCAUCGGGUGCAUUUCUUCAUCAUACCAUGGGGGAUGGCGACUUCCGCCGCUUUGCGAAGAUGGCACAGCACGUAGUUGUCGCACAGGCCAACCUUUGCAACCGUGACACAGCACCUGAUGACGUCGACCGAGUCCUCAGGAUGUGCAAGCUGCACAGCCGCCCAGUCUACAUCGAGCUCCCGACGGACAUGGUCAAGACUCAAGUCCCCGGCUCACGACUCGAGAAUGCCAUUGACCUGACCGUGCCGAGGAGCCCCAAUGACCAGGCCCUGGAGGCGGCAGCCGCCGUUAUUCUAGACCGUCUGUAUGCCGCUCGGCAGCCCUUCCUUUUGCUCGACGGACUGCUCACCAGGUACAACUCCCGGGAGGAGGCCGGAGAGCUGACCCGUGCGCUGGGGAUCCCGACCUGCUCAACCGCCUUUGGGAAGAGCGUCCUGGUGGACCGGCCGCCAAACUACUACGGAGUUUAUGCUGGUACGACGGGCGAUCAGUCGCUGCACUCGUGGGUUCAGCAUUGUGACCUCGUGCUGGCUCUUGGCCCGCUCUUUUGCGACUCGAAUACCUUCGGCUUCACCACCAAGCCCGAUCCGGCGUUGACGAUCGCGAUCCACAAAGACCACGUUGAAUUCGGUAGCCAGGAUGAGAUUAAGACCAUCCUCAACGUCCCGAUGAAGCAGCUCCUCCAAGCCAUGCUUGGCCGUCUCGACCCUGCCAAGCUCAAGUCGCAGACUACUGAUAGCACUUCACCGCUAUUGUCGAGCGUGACUAAGUCGUCGCCCAUGGUAAGCCCAGAUGCCAGCGGCGCGUUGCAUCACCAGGAGCUCUGGAAGUUCAUUUCGCCACAUCUGGCUGAAGGAGACAUCGUGCUUGCCGACACGGGAACAAGCUCAAUAGGGUCCAGCGCCUUGAGACUCCCUGCCCGAUGCAGCUACAUAACAUCUCCGCUCUGGCUCUCGAUCGGCUUCGCAUUGCCCGCGGCGGCAGGCGCCUCGGCGGCGGAGCACGACAUUGCAACGGCAGCGAAGCGGCCGGCCGGCCGGACCAUCUUGUUCGAGGGAGACGGCAGCUUCCAGAUGACGGUCCAGUCGGUUAGCGACAUGAUCCGGGCGAGGUUGAACGUCAUCAUCUUUGUCCUGAACAACAACGGAUACACGGUAGAGCGUUGGAUCCACGGCAUGGAAGCCGAGUACAACAACAUUGCGCCCUGGCAGUACCUCCGGACGGCUGACUACUUUGGCGCACCGCAGGACGAGGAAUCGUAUCCCGUCAUCGCCCGACGCGCAUCCACGUGGAAGGAACUGACUGCGGUUCUCCGCGACCCUGUCAUUAUAAAGGGACAGGGCCUCGCCAUUGUGGAACUGAUACUGGGGGAGUCGGAUGCGCCGGUGGCCCUCCAGGAGAUGGCGGCGGCAGCGGCGCAGAAGUUCUGCAGCUAA